GCAGCUGGAAAGUAUGGUAUUCUGGAACAGCAAGCAUGAAGAAGCAUGCGCCGUCAUCUAUCAUAGGAAGAAGGCAAGCUACACUUACAAGACUUGGUACCUGGGAUCACGAGCUCAAUCAUGAUGUGGUCGAGUCCUGGCAGAGAGUUGCUUCUGGUUCCUGCCACCUGCGGGUCAAGAACAAACGAGCCCAUGGCGUUAUCAACUCCCAUGAUGCCGUCCACGCUUUGCGCUUGCCAGGUGGAGUCAUCAAUCCAGCAUCACUAUGGCAGACACGUCAGGAGGGCGGGAUGCAAAGAAUGGCCUGAUCAGUUGUUCUGCCCUUCUUUUUCGAUUCGGGACCCACUCAGGAUAGUAUGCCGUCUGGCGGCCUCGUGGUGUCCUGGGUUAGUAGCGG